GGGGCGGGGAGCGGUCUGUCGUGACUCUGGUCCAAUCAGAGCCCGGGGGCGUGGCCACAGACUCGCUGAGUUUCAGUGCUGAAGUGUGUGUGUGUGUGUGUGUGUGUGUGGAUCUGAAGACGAGCGAUUCUGAGGUCAGUCAGCACUGAGAGCUCAUUGAUGGUGAUGGAGUCAUUCAGACGCUCUCAGCUCGACCCGGUUCAGGCCGAUGAUUCGGGCCCGUUCGGGGUGAAGGUGCAGGUGCAGGGCAUCGCCGGCCGGCCGUAUGUGGUCCUGAACGCUCAGGGGACACGCAUGCCACGCUCUCCGGACUAUCCUGACGUGUUCCUGAUGGAGCAGCAGCGGCUGGAGUUUGUGUCCAGCAUGAGCGGCGGCGCUUCCAGUGCUCAAACUCCUCCACCGGAUCAUUAUAGAUCCCUGAGGACCUUCAGGAACCCGUCGGCAGCUCAGCUGCUGAACUACCAGAAGAACCCUGAGAUCCUCCGACCGUACGAUCCCAGGAGCGGGACGGUCUCCGGACGCGGCUGGUUCAGCAGCCCUUCCUCGCCCGUGAUGGUGAAGAGAGCCAGGAUCCCGCUGCCGGGAGCGGGAUUCGCGGGCCCGUCGGUGGAGAGCGUCCCCUGCCAGCCGUCUCACAUCAUCUGCAGGCUGUCUGUCCCGGCCUCAGGUUUAGAGGUGGAGACGAACCACACCGGAUCCCCUCGGACCGGACGAGUCGCUCACCGCAGCAGAAUCACUCCUGAGGAAAAGAGGCGCUCCAGAAGCCUGGAGUCCAGAUCCACCGGCUCUGAUCCGGAGACUCCCGCUGUCAGAACAGGAGGCCCGGAUGUGAAGGCUGAGGUCACAGGGGUCGACUCAACAUCUGCAGGGGUGAGGUCAGAGGUCAAAGAAGAGACAGAGAGAACAGCUCAGGCCACUCCUGAUCUCCUGAAAGGACAGCGAGAGCUUCCGGAUCAGCCCGAUGAGGAAACCGCUAAGCUGGUGAUGGUUAACUUCCUCAAAGAUGGGUCCAGUGAGGGUGAAGCUGUUAUCAGGCGGCGGGUGGAGCUGAUGUUUGACCAGAUCAACACGCUGAAGUUCAGAGCGCUGGAGGAGUUUGAGUUUGCAGAUCCUCUGGAGGAGGUGAAGGAUCUCAGAGACAGAAGGGCGGCGCUAGAGAGCCACGUCUGUCACUUACAGCAGCAGCUGCAGGAAACACUGCAGAACCGCCAGAGUUUGCUUGAGGAGAAGGAGGAGAGAAACGCGGAGCUGGAGAGACUCCAGGAGGCGCUAGAGAGGAGCGAACAGGAGCAGGUGACGCUGAGACACAAGCUGACCGACAUGGAGAAAGAGCUGCAGACGUCACUCGACCAACUCCUGCAGGCCAGAAGGGCUCGUGAUCAGUGUCGCUCUGACAUGAGGGAUCUCCAGCAGCAGCUGUCUGACAUCCACGACGAGCUGGACAGCGCCAAGAGCUGCGAGGCCGGCGCGAGAGACGGGCUGCUGCAGGAUCUGUGUGUGCUGCGGGGCGAGUUCGAGGCGCUGCAGCGGGUGCAGGAGGAGCAGGAGGAGGCGUUGCGCCGCAGGGAGAGGGAGCUGACGGCCCUGCGAGGAGCGCUGGAGGACGAGAUCUCUGCUCACGCCACAGACCUGCAGACGCUGCAGGAGGAGCAGCAGCAGGAGAUUCACCGGCUGCUGGAGGCCACGGACCAGGCCAAAGAGAGUGUGGCGCUGCUGGGACGGAAGGUUCUGGAGGUGGCGGAGGAGAAAGAAGCCAGUCAGACGCUGAUCUCAGACCUGACGCAGACGAAAGCAGAGCUCGUGCAGAAGACCAGCGCUCUGGAGGAGCAGAUCUCCUCUCUCAACCUCCUCAUCCAGCAGAAGGAGACGCAGGAGACGCAGCUCAGAGAACACGUGGAGCAGCUGAUGGUGGAGAAACAGAAUCUGGAGGAGGAGCUGCAGGAGGUCAGACAGCAGGAGGAGCACAUGUGUGGAGCCAACCGAGCGCUGACCAGACACCUGGAGGACACGCAGAGCGAGCUGAGCCGGCUGAAUCGAGCUCACCGCGAGCUGAAGGAGCGGUUCCAGGAGGAGAGCCGGCAGAUGGAGGAGCUGCGGAGGAGACGCAGUGAGUUAGAGGAGGAGAGGAGGAGCCAGGAGCGAGUGUUUGAGCGGCUGCAGGAGGAGAUGAGCGCGGCGGUCGUGAACUCAGAGCAGGAGACGCAGCGGCUGCAGGAGGAGGUGGACGCGCUCAGAGAUCAGAGCCACAGAGAACUGGACACGCUACACACACAGCUGCACAACACACACACACAACUACACACACACACACACGCCGCACAGGAGCACCAGAGAGAGCGGUGUGUGCUGGAGGAGAAACUCUCUCGCUGUGAGUUUGAUCUGAACGAGGCGGAGCUGAAAUCUCAACAGCUGCAGAAGAGAAUUAAAGAGCUGGAGGAGAAUCGACACACACACGACGACAGACACUACAAACUCAUGGAGGUGCGAGUGUGUGAGCUGGAGAGGAGUGUGAUGGAGGAGCGCAGCGGCUCAGACGCGCUCAUGAAGAGGCUGGAGAGAGGACGAGAGCAGAUGGAGCAGGUGAGAGCAGAACUGCUGCAGGAACGAGCCGCUCGACACGACCUGGAAUGUGACCGAAUCCGUCUGGAGCGUCAGAAUAAGGAUCUGCGGAGCCGUGUGUCGCAGCUGGAGGGAUCUCAGCGCUCCGGGACGGACGCCGCCAUCUCCAAACUCCAGCUCCAGGUUCACGAGCUGGAGGAGAGGCUGCUGGGAGAGGAGAAGGAGAACGGAGAGCUGCAGCAGCUGAACCGCCGGCUGGAGCGCCGCAUGAAGGAGCUGACGCUGCACCUGGAGGAGGAGCGGCUGUCGCUGCAGGACCAGAGAGAUCAGCUGGCACUGCGUCUGAAAACACUGAAGCGUCAGCUGGACGAGGCCGAGGAGGAGAUGGAGAGGCUGGAGAACAGCAAGAAGAAGCUGCAGAGAGACCUGGAGGAGCAGCAGGAGCUGAACGAGCAGCUGCACACCGAGAUCUGCGGCCUCAGGCGCAACAACAGACCCAAUAAACUGCAGCCUACAGCUGAUGAUGAAGAUGAUGAAGAUGAGACUGACGCAGCACUAGACACACAAUAACCUCUGAACAUGUGACUCGUUUCAGCUACAGUAAGCCAGCUGUCACUCAGAGCAGGUUAAUUCAUGAGUUCACAUGUGUGUUUGAUCAGAAAUACUGUAAGAUAAUUAUGGUUCAUAUUUUAAUAAAGCGAUAUCACACUA